CAACAAAUGUUAAAGCGGUAUAAUAUCGCUUACAGUGAAGGAAUGUUCAAUGUUAUUCCCCAAAAUGCAGGCGGUAAAGUAGCAGUGGUUGUGAAAGUACCAAAAGUCGACUGUAAUUUGGUCCCAAUAAUGGCGAGAGAAGUGAAAAAUUCAGUCUUUCUGAUAACAUCCGCAACGGCGCAAUGUGGAAAUGGUCCAACUACAUAUGUUUAGAGUUGAAGAGUUGCUGGUUGAAAUCAACUGAAUCCACUAUAAAAGUGUGCGUGGACAAAU